GGCCCGGUGACAUCACCGGAAAACGAGUGAGGCCCCGCCCCGCCCGCCAAUGGGGCGCCUUGGCGGUCGGUGACGGUAGCAGGGAACGGGAGAGAACCCGGAAGGUUUCACAGCCGGAGCGUCGCUGCCCUGAAGAGAGACCCAGCCGCUCGCCUGCCCGCCCUCCCUCCCGCCAUUGUAUGCGCAGAUGGACCCGGUAGGAGUUGCCGCCGCCCCCGACGCCGGACCGGGCCCCGCCUGGCAGAGCAAGUGUCCAUGGGGAACCCCGAGCACAACAUCAAUAUCAUGUUCCCUUGCUGAUGUAAUGAGUGAACAGCUGGCAAAAGAGCUGCAGCUAGAAGAAGAAAAUGCUGCUUUUCCUGAAGUGGUUGCUGUUGCUGAAGGACCAUUUAUUACAGGAGAAAAUAUUGACACUUCUAGUGACCUAAUGCUAGCUCAGAUGCUACAGAUGGAGUUUGACAGGGAAUAUGAUGCACAGCUUCGGCGUGAAGAGAAGAAGAUCAAUGGAGAUAGCAAAGUCUCCAUAUCCUUUGAAAAUUAUCGGAAGGUCCAUCCCUAUGACAGUGACAGCUCAGAGGAUGAGGUUGAUUGGCAGGAUACCCGUCAUGAUCCCUACAGAGCAGAUAAACCUACUACUACACCAAGAAGGGGCUUUAUAGGAAAAGGAAAAGACAUAACUACUAAACAUGAUGAGGUGGUAUGUGGAAGAAAGAAUACUGCUCGCAUGGAAAAUUUUGCACCUGAAUUCCAGGUUGGGGAUGGAAUUGGGAUGGACUUAAAGCUGUCAAAUCAAGUCUUCAAUGCCUUAAAGCAGCAUGCAUACUCUGAGGAACGGCGAAGUGCAAGGCUCCAUGAAAAGAAGGAGCACUCCACUGCUGAGAAAGCAGUGGAUCCUAAAACGCGUUUGCUUCUGUACAAGAUGGUCAAUGCUGGGAUGCUGGAGACCAUCACAGGCUGCAUCAGCACAGGAAAAGAAUCUGUUGUUUUUCAUGCAUAUGGGGGAAAAAGUGUAACUGAAGAUAAAGUUAUACCUCCAGAAUGUGCCAUCAAAGUGUUUAAAACAACUCUUAAUGAAUUCAAGAACCGUGACAAGUACAUUAAGGACGACUACAGGUUUAAGGACCGCUUCAGUAAAUUGAAUCCACGGAAGAUUAUUCGUAUGUGGGCUGAGAAAGAAAUGCAUAACUUAACCAGAAUGCAAAAUGCAGGAAUUCCUUGUCCUGAAGUUGUUAUCCUUAAGAAACAUGUCUUGGUUAUGUCUUUCAUUGGCCAGGAUCAAGUACCAGCUCCUAAGCUAAAGGAUGUAACACUUAGUAGUGAAGAUAUGAAAAAGGCCUACUGUCAGAUUCUUAAUAUGAUGCAACAGUUGUAUAAAGAGUGCAACCUGGUCCAUGCAGACCUGAGUGAAUACAACAUGCUUUGGCAUGAUGGGAAGGUUUGGCUUAUUGAUGUCAGUCAGUCUGUGGAGCCGACCCAUCCUCAUGGACUUGAGUUUUUGUUCAGAGACUGUAGGAAUGUUUCACAGUUCUUCCAGAAGGGUGGUGUGGCAGAAGCACUUAAUGAGCGUGAACUCUUCAAUGCUGUCUCAGGUUUAAAUAUUACAGCUGACAACGAAGUAGACUUCCAAGCAGAGAUUGAAGCUUUGGAGAAGAUGAAUGAAGAUCACGUGCAGAAUCAUGGAAAGAAACUGUCAAUGUUUUCAAGUGAUGGAGAUCCACCUAUAUAUGAUGAAUAGCACUGAAGUGUGUAGCUGCUAACAAAAAAAAAAAGCAAAUUUACUGCUUCAAACUAUGUUGGUGCAGUGGUAAAUGUCAACUACCAAUGUCAAGAGAGAGUGGUUGACUGGGAAUACCAAAAUGGGAAACACGAUGAGCAUACAGUGAUGCCUCAGUGUUGUUUGUUUUUAUAACUUAGCCUUUUUAACAUCAGGCUGGCACUGUGAGAAUGGACUGUCACUACCUCUUCAGAUGGUCUGACAACUUCACCAGCUGCCCAGUUACGUUAGACUAAUGUAGCUGAGGUGGUCAUAUUUUGCAUGAUUCAGAGCUUAUAUGUUUUAGUUUAAAAAAUGUAAAGAAAAAUCAAGAUUGUCUAUUUAGUGGGGAAUCAUUUAACAAACCAACAUCUUUACAUGUGCUAUCUGGACCUUUUUGCCUGAAGUACAUGGAAUAUGGCUCUAACUAUCUCUGUAAAUACAAUUGGGUAUUACAUGAGAAACAGCUUGGAAUCCAGUCACUUCUUUGGUGACCUGCCAGAAAAUCCUGGGAGCUGCAUCCACAUUGUAUAAAAAGAGUAAGUUUAGUUAGCUUCACUUAAGUGGGUCCAAGAACUCGGAGUAAGCAAAAAAAAAACCCUCCAAAAAAUUAGCUAUAAUAAAUUUGUUUGUAAAUAGAAAUUCUGGGUAGAGCAUUGAACAUUCUCACCUUGAAGAUAAUCCUGGACUAUGAAAACUAAAUAUAGAUCAUCAUUACUUUUAAAGGAAACUUGUUUACUGGUCCAAAAAGAAUGCUCAAAUUUGUCUUUCUCAUGCUUUUAUUCUUAACACCAGUCUUUUUAUUUUAGUAGGUUCUAAAAAUCUAGCACUGCUUCUCUCCAAAACAGCACUUAAAAGGUGAACUGCUAUAAAGGGAUGGUUUGGAAUUAAGAAAUUAUGAUCAAAUUCUUUUUAACUCUGAUUGCUAUUUCUGAUACUGCUCUUUAUCAAGCAGAAUACAGUGUUGCUACAUGUGACAGUCUCACAGUGUGCUAUGAAAUCGGUUUAUUUUUUUUAAUUGUAUUUUUUUGUGUUGGAAAACUGGUGGUGAAGUAAAAACAAGAUAUUGCA